AUGGCAGCUACAAUUCUUAUCACGGGGUCUACUGGCCUGAUUGGUUUUCGCAUUCUUCUUGCCGCUCUCGCCGCAGGCCACAAUGUGCGUUAUACGGUUAGGUCGGAAGACAAAGCCAAGGUAGUUUCUUCAAACCCUGCCGUUCAGAGACUUGCGCCUGGAGAACGCCUCUCUCCGGUUAUCAUACCCGACUUCACUGUUGAAGGUGCCUUUGAUACGGCCCUGCAAGGUGUCACACAUAUCAUCCACGCCGGCUCGCCCGUACCCCUGCCGAGCUAUGAGCCCACAACGGAGAUAUUCCAGCCGACGAUAAAAAUAUCUUCGAACUUGCUCUCAUCCGCGCUUAAAGCCCCUAGCGUGAAGCGCGUCAUCAUAACUUCGUCCAUCGUCGCGAAUCUCGGUGCCGUGCCGCCUCCCACCGCCGUCUCGGCAAAAACCCGCGUUCCGCUACCUAACCCCGUUCCCGCCACUUUCGACAACGUCUUUGAUGCGUACGUGCUGGGCAAGAUAGUCGAGAUACACAACUCGGACGAAUUCGUCAAGACGCACAGUCCUCACUUUACCGUAUCCCAUGUGGUGCCCGGAUACGUCUUUGGUCGCAACGAGCUCGCUCUCGACGCCACUAUGAUGCAGACGCAGAACAGCUCCAACAAUUUCCUGAUGCUGGGUAUGGUAGGCGCAGAGCUGCCAUUCCCGAUCCACGGCGGCUUCGCGCACAUCGACGACGUGGCGGACGCCCAUCUGCGCGUAGCGUUCCUCGAGCCACAAGCAGAUGGACCUAAAGACUUUGGUAUUGCGACGAAGGUAGACUACGGAACAAUAUUUGAUCACGUCGCUAAGGCAUUCCCCAAGGCUGUUGCAGAAGGUGUCUUUAAGAAGGGUACGGUUCCGACGUUGCCCGUUGAGUACGACUCUAGCGACGUAGAGAAGCUGCUAGGCGAGAAAUUGAGAACAUUUGAGAGUGCGGUGGUCGACGUCGCUGCCCAAUAUCUUGAGACUCUAGGUAAGGAAAAGGCGUGA